CAAAGCACGCCGAAGUGGUUUCUGCCGGAAUAUCUUCAAGAACAAACACAAACUCCCACUGAAAAUGGUAAUGCCAAGAACCAUGUGGCACUUUUGUGUAAGAAGUUUCCAUCGUUUCAAUGCUGUUGCCCGAUCUUCAUUACCUUCAGGAAAUGAAAAUGUGUGGGAUGCAAUGUACAAGAGAGGCAUUCCUCGCACUAUGGACGAGAUGAGCUUAAUGCUGGGAGAAAGGGUAGAUUCACCUCCCAAUUCACGUCUUCUGAAAAUAGCUAUCGUGGGUGUGCCCAACUGUGGCAAAAGCACUCUUAUCAACAGUCUCGUUGGCAGGAAAGUAUGCAGUGUUUCAUCUAAAGUUCACACAACUGAAGUCAGUGCCCGGGCUGUGCACAAUGUAGAGUCAACCCAGAUGGUGUUCUUGGACACUCCAGGCUUAGUCACCCCACAGGAAGUCAGCAAGCACAGUCUCAAUCGUUCUUUAUUAAGAGAGGCAGAAAUAUCACUUCAUGAAGCUGAUGUGAUGGCAGUGAUCCAUGAUGUGUCCAACAAGUAUACCUGCAAUAGUUUGCAUCCCAGAGUAUUGCGGCUUUUAGCACUAUAUCCCACAACACCAAGUAUUUUAAUCUUAAACAAGGUUGAUCUAGUCAAACAUAAACAGCGCUUGCUAGAUGUAACACGAAUUGUUACAGAAGGCAUUGUAGGUGGCAACAGGUCACAUGUAGAGAAGAAGAAAGAUGUUCCACUCAAUAAGGAGAAAUUUUUGAGAAAAGCCAAGAAAACACUGCAGAGUAGAGAAACAAGCACAGAGGACAAACUUGAAAAAAAAAAUGAAAAUACUGGUCAGAUUGGUCUGCCAAGAGAUAUCAGUCAGAUAAGUGAGCAGGACAUUCUGGAAGGAAAAGUUAGAUUGACAGAACAGGAAAUUAAUGCCUUCAUUGAGAACCGGACUGGGUGGCCCUUGUUCCAGGAAGUCUUCAUGAUAUCUGCCCUUUCUAGCCUGGGGGUGGACGACUUGAAGGAUUUCUUCUAUUACAAGGCCUAUGAAGCUCCAUGGAUCUUCAAUUCUCAGAUGUUGACAGACCAAAACCCCCAAGAUAUUGCCUUGAUGACAAUAAGAGAAAAGUUCCUCGAUGCUUUCAAGAAUGAAAUCCCCUAUAACCUCAAGUUCACAAUAGAGCAUUGGGACCUCUCAGAAGAAGAGAUCCUGUACAUCACAGUUCAGAUUGGGUGCAAGAGAAAAGGUCUUGCCCGGCUCAUCAUAGGCAGUGGUGGCAAGAGUGUUAUCCCUAUUGCACAAGCUGCAGAGCAGGACCUGCGCAAUACCUUCUGCAAUGAGGUGAAACUGAGAUUGAACGUUGUGUAUGAUCCUACGCUCAAAACUUGUUUUUUAUCUUUUCAGGUUGAUCUAGUCAAACAUAAACAGCGCUUGCUAGAUGUAACACGAAUUGUUACAGAAGGCAUUGUAGGUGGCAACAGGUCACAUGUAGAGAAGAAGAAAGAUGUUCCACUCAAUAAGGAGAAAUUUUUGAGAAAAGCCAAGAAAACACUGCAGAGUAGAGAAACAAGCACAGAGGACAAACUUGAAAAAAAAAAUGAAAAUACUGGUCAGAUUGGUCUGCCAAGAGAUAUCAGUCAGAUAAGUGAGCAGGACAUUCUGGAAGGAAAAGUUAGAUUGACAGAACAGGAAAUUAAUGCCUUCAUUGAGAACCGGACUGGGUGGCCCUUGUUCCAGGAAGUCUUCAUGAUAUCUGCCCUUUCUAGCCUGGGGGUGGACGACUUGAAGGAUUUCUUCUAUUACAAGGCCUAUGAAGCUCCAUGGAUCUUCAAUUCUCAGGGAAGUAAUAGUAUAAAACCUUUUUGUAUCACAGUAGCAUUAUACACUGAAUAUUUGCUCCUUUUAUAUCUUAGAGUAGAAAAAAAUAAAGUAGUUCAACACCAUGUAAAAAAUAAAUGUAAUGAACUCUUUGAAAUCUCCCAACAGAUGUUGACAGACCAAAACCCCCAAGAUAUUGCCUUGAUGACAAUAAGAGAAAAGUUCCUCGAUGCUUUCAAGAAUGAAAUCCCCUAUAACCUCAAGUUCACAAUAGAGCAUUGGGACCUCUCAGAAGAAGAGAUCCUGUACAUCACAGUUCAGAUUGGGUGCAAGAGAAAAGGUCUUGCCCGGCUCAUCAUAGGCAGUGGUGGCAAGAGUGUUAUCCCUAUUGCACAAGCUGCAGAGCAGGACCUGCGCAAUACCUUCUGCAAUGAGGUGAAACUGAGAUUGAACGUUGUGUAUGAUCCUACGCUCAAAAGAAAAUAGUGGAAAUAUCCUAAUUUGACAUUUUAAAGGUUCAGAAAUGUGCAUUUUUUUAUUUGAUCUGAUUAUUUUUAUUUUCUUUCUAUCCAUUCUCUCCUCCUGUUUGCAAUAUUGUUUUGAAUUUGAGUUAUUUUAUAAUGAACAGAAUUUUUUUUAAAGACCUGUUUGUUAUCAAGAAUAUUGUGUAAAUAUGUAUCUACUCUUGGGAUUUAGAUUUACAUGUUUAGUGAAAAUAGUAAAUCCCAAAUAUGUUAAUAAAUGAAAAUAACUUUGUUAUUUAUUAAUUGACACAUUAAAAUACCUGAUGAGUU